CCUCCUUCCUGAGAGCAGUUUUUUUUAUUCCCCUCCAAACACUGAAACGCAUCGACGGCUGAGUGAUUAACUCAGGCACAGUUCUGGACCCGGGUCAGGAGCCUGGCUUGAGGAUUACAUCAGAACUUGGGUGACAGCGGGACGUCCCUCCCGAACAGGACCAGGGAGGUUUGGUGUCUUUUUUACAGCUCAGACCAGCAGCAGACCCGCCGUCCUCCGCAGCAUCCCUUCUCCGGUCCUCAGUGUGUGUGUGUGUGUGUGUGUGUGUGUGUGUGUGUGUGUGAGAGAGAGAGCAACAGGUAGAGCAGCGGUGUGUGAGAGUGUGUGUGUGUGAGUGUGUGUGUGAGUGUGUGUGAGCAACAUGCGGAGCGAGAGCCUCCGGCCCCGGCUGUGCUCGCUGCAGAAAGGGGACAACGGCUACGGCUUCCACCUCCACGGAGAGAAGGGGAAGACGGGCCAGUUCAUCCGCCUGGUGGAGCCGGACAGCCCGGCCGAGUCCUCGGGGCUCCGCGCGGGAGACAGGCUCGUCUUCGUCAACGGAGAGGACGUGGAGACCGAGAGCCACCAGCAGGUCGUGUCCCGGAUACGAGCCACCGUGGGCCGGCUGGAGCUGGUGGUGGUGGACCCGGACACGGAGCAGCUGCUGAAGAAACACAACUUGAAGUGCCUGAAGGAGUUCGUCUCCGAGGGUCUGCCCCUGCCGCUUGAGGACGAGGAGGAGGAGGAGGAGGAGAAGAAAGUGGAGGAAGAGGAGUUGGAGAAAGAGGAGGAGGUGUUGAAGAAAGAGGAGGACGGGGAGGAAGAGGACACAGAGGAUGGGGAUGUGAAGCAGCAGGAGGUGGAGGAGGAAGAAGAUGAGGAGGUGGUGGUGGAGCAGAGGGAGCAGGAGAGGACACGCGAGGAGCUGACCCCUGUCCCGGUCCAUGUCCCAGUCUCUGUCCCUGUCCCGGUCCAUGUCCCAGUCCCUGUCCCAGUCCAUGUCCCAGUCCCAGUCCAUGUCCCAGUCCCUGUCCCAGUCCCGGAGAGGAACGGAGAGAUCCACGUGGAGAAGAAGCUGAGCAUCAGCUCUGAGAAGGAGGUGCGUGCCGAGCUGCGGCCGCGUCUCUGCGUGAUCCAGCGUGGCCCCAACGGAUAUGGCUUCAACCUGCACAGCGAGCGGGCGCGGCCGGGCCAGUACAUCCGUGCCGUGGAUGAGGACUCUCCGGCAGAGGGGGCCGGCCUGCAGCCCAAGGACCGGAUAGUACAGGUGAACAGCCUUCCAGUGGAAGGGAAGACACAUUCGCAGGUGGUCGCUGCCAUUAAAGCUGGCGGGUCGGAGGUCCGGCUGCUGGUGGUGGACCCCGACACGGACGCCUUUUUCAAGAGGUGCAGGGUGUCCCCCACCCUCGAGCACCUCACCGGUCCACUGCCGGAGCCCAUCGCUAACGGAGAGGUGGAAGAGAAGGUGAACGGCAGCAGGGAUCUGAAGGGGAGACAGAGGAACUCCAAGGUGUCGGUCAGUCCUUCGCCCUCCAACGCCUCCUCCAACGCCUCAUUCACGACCCCGACCACCAGCACCCCGCCGGAGGGUCUGCUCACAGACACCAUCCCAGCUCUGAACCUCACCCUGCAGCAGGUCAAAGAGCUCACCCACCAGAAGCGCACCAACAAGAGGGCCCCUCCCAUGGACUGGACCAAGAAGAACGAGCUCUUCAGCAACCUAUAGAGCCCUUCACUCCGCCCGACACACACACACACAGAGACAGUCACACACAUCUUUAUUUCCUUCCAAAAGACAUCAGAGAGUCCUAUUUUAUUAUGAGGAUUUACAAAAGAGGAAGUUAUUGCUGUAAAAUAUAGUAUUCUACUUAUUGUUAGAACUCACAUUUUAUAUUGUUUAUUGGGCUACUAACCAGAUAGAUGCCAAUGAAAUAGUUACCUAUAUCCUACGUUAAAGUGUUUAAUUUUUGGAGUGUUUGUUUUUGUGUGUGUGUAGAUUUGUCAGGAGACCCGGCUCAGUCAAAACAGAAGUAGUUAAAAAAAAAAUUCAGAAACCAAAGUGUAAAAAAAAAAAUACAAAAAGAUCAGUCAGACAAUCAAUUUGUUUCUUGUUUAUCCAUUUUAGGUUUUUAGAUAUAAUGUUGAAUAAAGGCAUAAAUCCACUGUCAUUUUUCACCAUUAAUUUUUUUUUCUUUUUCAUUUUCCUUUUUUUUAAAUGAAACUCUAAAUUUCUAUAUGUCAUGUUUGAAUAAUUUCACCAAUUUGCUGUCUUAAUGUCAUUUAAUGUGAUUGUCCUGUUUUGGGAAGUAUGGUGUAAAACUAGAAAUGCCCAUGUUUUAAAAUGCAUUCUUGUUCAAUAUACUGUAUGUAAAUAUAUAUCAUGUACUGUGUAUACUUUAUGAUAUAGCGCCAUUCAUCCAGAUUUUAUCCAUUCUUUAUUAAAUGUGAACCACAUUGUGUAAUGUGUAAACUACAUGUAUUUCCCCGUCUUUAUUCAGUACUGGAACCAUUUUUGGCUGCUUGGAUGGCAGGUUUUGACAUCCUGAGGUUUUUAUAGCUCUGACAGAAACAAAUAUGUGAGUUUUUUUGUAUUUCUGUCAAUGUUUGAAGGAGCAGAUCACCACAGGGAUUGAUGUUUUGGGAGAUUUUUGUGAAAAAUGUGGAGAAUUGAUCAAACUGAAUGAUUGAGGAAAGAAGAAGAAAGGGUUUCUGUAGUUACUGGGAGCAAUAAGCGUUUUUUGUUCUGUAAUGCACCAGCGUGGCAAUAUUAUUAUGUUAUCUGAGAAUAAAUAAAAUGAAUCUCAAACGCA